CAAAAACACAUGGUCUCUUGUGAAUCUGUGCAUUAUUGCAUUUGGUAUAUGAAUAUCUUCUUGUUUUGUUCGUUUUGAUGAAUUAUUUUAAAUUUAUUGGAUAUGGUUAAUAAAUUGUGGGAAAAAGUUAAACCGGCUCUAUCAGAGCCGGUCCUGAGAUGCUUACAAAAGCAAUCUUUUAAGACUAUGACGCCGAUCCAGGCUGCAGUGAUACCUCUCAUCCUUACUUGCAAGGACGUGGUUGCUGAAGCUGUGACUGGCUCAGGAAAAACUCUGGCGUUCGUUGUGCCGAUGCUGGAAAUGCUGUUAAAGAAACAGAAAGAUGAUCCUUUAAAAAAAGAUUUUGUUUACUCUGUUGUCAUAACCCCAACUAGAGAACUUGCAACUCAGAUUUACAAGGUGAUACAACUGUUUCUCGAAGAACCAGAGCUUUGUCAUAUAACUAUAUCUCUGUUAGUAGGAGGUCGGCCAGUGGAAACUGAUAUGGAAAGCCUUAAAAAGGGUUCUCACAUCACAGUCUGUACUCCAGGGCGUUUCAUGGACCUACUGGCUGAGAGAAAACAACUGAACCUGGCGGGAAGGCUGAAGGAGCUGGAAAUCCUAGUUUUGGAUGAAGCUGACCGCUUACUUGAUUUAGGCUUCAGUGCAACCCUUACGACAAUCCUGCAGUACCUACCACGCCAGCGUCGCACUGGCCUUUUCUCCGCCACACAAACCAAGGAGCUCCAGGAUCUCAUCAGAGCUGGCUUAAGGAACCCUGUAGUUGUUAGUGUCAAAGAAAAAUCCACCAUCAGCACACCAAUCUUACUGGAAAACUUCUAUGUGAUAGUGGAACCUCAAGACAAGUUUCUGUUUCUGCUGAACUUUAUUAGGAACAGGAGAAUGAUGAAAGGUUUAUUUUUCCUUCCGACUUGUGCAUGUGUCGACUACUGGGCAGAUAUAUUGCCAGUGUUCUUGCCAGAUCAGAAAGUUUUUGCCAUACACGGCAAGAUGAAACAGAAGAGGUCUAAAAUAUUAGAAAAGUUCAGAGAAGCAGAGAAUACAAUACUGUUGUGUACAGAUUUGAUGGCAAGGGGUAUGGAUAUACCAUCAGUGGAGUGGGUGUUACAAUGGGAGCCUCCCUUGUCCCCCGCGGCCCUGGUUCACCGCGUGGGUCGCGCGGGUCGCGCCGGGGCCGCGGGCCAUUCUCUGCUGCCCCUACUCAGCACCGAGGACGCAUACGUUCCCUUCAUCAAGGCCAACCAGCUGGUGGACCUUCAGGACUGGACUCAGUCCAAAGACCAGAUCAAAGUCACGCAGAAACUGAGGGAUAAGGUAUUAUCAAUGAUGCACGAAGAACAGAAAAAGGACAGAUCAGUAUUUGAUAAAGGCCAGCGUGCAUUCGUGUCCCAUAUGAGAGCGUACUCAAAACAUGAAUGUAACUUACUGCUGCAGUUCAAAGAGCUGCCCUUAGGUCAUAUAGCAACCAGUUAUGGCCUACUGAAACUGCCCCUAAUGCCUGAGAUAAAGCAGGUGCAUAAAGAACAGUUUGUGGGGCCGAAAGAAGAGAUUGACUUUAAUAGUAUAACUUAUAGGGAUAAGCAGAGGGAAGUGAGUAGAUUGAAGAAACUUGAAGAGUACAGGAGAACUGGUGUGUGGCCUUCGAAGAAGAAAAAGAAAAUGGCGCAAACGCAGCCGUGGGAAAAAGCGAAAAUGGACAAGGAAGAACGGAAGCAGAGGAAGAAGAAGCGGAAAGAGUUGAAGCAGCAGAAUCCGGAAGGGAAGAAAGGAAAGAAGCGUCGCGCCGUCACUCAGGCUGAGUUGGAUGAGCUGGCGGCCGACGUGGCUCUCAUCAAGCGGCUCAAGAGGAGGAAGAUCACGCAAGACCAAUUCGAUGAAGCUUUUGAUGUUGAUAAAUAAAUAUUUUUGAUAAAAUACAGUUUGUUUUAAUGGUACAGGCG